GAACGCGGAGCAUGUGGAAGCUCAGCCGGAGCCGGGUGCUGCUGGACGAGCCCCCCGAGGAGGAGGACGGCUUGCAGGGGGGGGCCCCGCCCGCAGUCCCCACCCCGGUACAGGUUCAGGGAGCAAGUUUCCGAGGUUGGAAAGAAGUGACUUCUCUGUUUAAUAAAGAUGACCAGCAGCGUCUACUGGAAAGUUGUGAAUCUCCCAAGUCCAGAGGAACUAAUGUAAGAUUAAAGGAAGAACUGAAGACAGAGAAGAAAUCUGGAUUUUGGGACAAUUUGGUUUUAAAACAGAAUAUACAGUCUAAAAAACCAGAUGAGAUUGAAGGUUGGGAGCCUCCAAAACUUGCUCUUGAAGAUGUGUCAGCUGACUUGGAGGAUGCCUCGGGCAGCCACUCAUCUCGGCCGGGCUGGGAGGAGGGUACCAAGGGCUCAACCAAGUACAGCAGCCUGGCUGAUGCCACAGCCAGCUCCAGGUGGAGCCUGCGAUCGGCCGGGCGUCUGGUGAGCCUCCGUCGGCAGAGCAGAGGGCGCCUGGCAGACGGCCCGGAGGAGGUGGAGUGAGCUGGAGCCGGCCGGUGGGGCGCUUGUGCGAGUCUGCUGCGUGGUGGUGGGUUUUCUUAGUGUCUGUUAAGUUGUUGAGUUCGUCCCAUGUUAAACAGUGCGGGUCCUCUACUUUUGCCUGAUUUCCUGUUUCCAUCCCCCUGGCUGGUGAGCUCACACGCACACUGACUCGAUGGUGAGAGCCUGGUACACUCACUGGCCACAGGCCAUGUUCUGCAGAAAUUAGAGAUGUGGAUUUUUUUGCUGUCCUGCAAGGUAACAGUCAUGAUUUGCAGUUUGCCGCAAAGCUGUCUUUAUGCCCCUUCAGCCGUAAUCCUGUCUCCAAGCUGCCCUGCUUUUCUCUUGCAUGGAGCACAGUGUACCACCUGGGCACAGAUGUGUCAGUCAUGCGGUUCUCUUCCUUUGCCAGAGAAUUACAGUCCAGGAGGUAAGAUGAAUCUUCCAAAGUUUAUGUUAUGUCAUUUAACUUGGCAAAUUAAACCUCUUUUGUAUUGAAUUUAAAAAUAUCUAAACAAAUACUGAAAAGCCAAAGGUUAUAUCUGAGCAUAAAAUGUCAGUAUCUUAAAAUGCACAUUCAUCUCUCCCUGAGGGAGAAGUGAGGGAGGAAUAGCCUCUUGUGUGGACAGUGGCUAUUGGGGGGAUUUUUUUUUUUUUUUUUACU